AACAAAGCAAAGGCGCCGCCGAAUCGAAACAGCGGAGGGGAAGAAGGGGGAGAGGAGAGCCCAAGCGAAGCGCGACUCGCCACAACUCGAUCUCUCAUGGAGUCGCGGGCGCCGGACGGGGGCGAGGAGGACGCGGAGGCGCUCUACCACGCCGCCGGCAAUGGUACGGCGGCUAUGGGGAUGGACACGAUUGGGUCAGUCGAGGCGCACGGGUCCGUCCUGCCGAAGCCGGAGCGCGUGCCGGCGGAGUUCCUGGGCGGGCUCCACGUCGCCAGCCCGCGGCCCGCGCCGCGGUACCGCGACCGGCACACCAAGGUGGAGGGCCGCGGGCGGCGCAUCCGCAUGGCGGCGGCGUGCGCGGCGAGGGUCGCCCGCCUCACGCGCGACCUAGGUCACAAGUCCGACGGCGAGACCAUCCGCUGGCUGCUGCAGCAGUCGGAGCCGGCCAUCAUCGCCGCCACGGGCACCGGCACGGUCCCCGCGAUCGCCACCAUGGGCGCCGACGGCGUGCUCCGCCUCCCCGCCUCCCCGCCCUCCGAGGGCGCCGACGGCGAGCAGCAGUCGGCCCCCAAGCGGCAGCGCAAGCUCCAGCCGACGCGCGCGGCGGCGAGCCCCGCGGCGCCCCUGGCCACGGAGGCCCCCGCGGCCUACUACCCAGUCGUCGCCGACCCCCUGCUCCAAGGCAACGGUGGCGGUUCGAUUUCGAUGUCCAGUGGCCUCGCCCCCGCCUCUACCGCGGCGGCGCCCGCAGGCGCCAUCCCCUUCAUAGCCAUACCGGCUCCUGGCCCCGGCGCGACCAGCGACGGCAAGCAGUUGAUCCAACCCGCAGCAGUGUGGAUGGUCCCGCAGCAGGCCGACGUCGGCGGCGCAGCCAACCAGCCGACUCACUAUUGGGCAUUCCCGACCAACCCUGAACUCUUCAACGUCGGCAACUUCCAUCAGCAAGCAGUCUGCAACGCGGAGCAGCUUGUCGCCAGCGGGGAGCCACAGGAACAGCAGCCCGGCGGCCACCAGCACGGGGAGGGGCACGGGGAAGGGGAGGACGAAGAUAUCGCCGUGACGGAUUCCAGUUCCGAAGAGUAGCAGCAGCACAGCGAUUUGAUGUCAACCUCCAAAUUUCAAUCCAAAGAUUAGGUCAAAAUUACAAUUCUCUAACUUCCUUCUCUCCCGUGCUAAGACUUUCGUGGUAAGAACUAGUGGUGCUAAGUGCUAAUUUCUGAAUUCGAAUUUGAACU